AUGCGGUACCUGCAGGUGUGUGAGGAGAGGGCUUUGCAGCAGGCGUCACACUCUGUGGAUAUUCCUCAUCCUGCUCGUGGUCUAUAUUGCCAUUCAGACCUUUGUCACCCGCCAGGCAAGGUGGCAAAAGUGAUGCCUGAGGAUACCUUCUACUUUUCCAUCCUCAGGCAUCCUGUGGCCAUGAUGGAGUCCAUCUUUGUCUACUACAAGAGCAUCCAAGCCUUCCACAAGACUCAGAGCCUGGACAACUUCCUAGACAACAGCUGGAAAAACUACAACUCAUCAAUAACUAACAACCAAUAUGCUCACAAUAUUCUGGCUUUCGACUUUGGCUUUGACAACAACGUUGCAGCUGGUGCUGUAGACCUGGAGGAGAGAGCCAGCAUGGCUAUUGCAACCAUUGAACGUGAAUUCCACCUUAUUCUUCUUUCUGAAUACUUUGAUGAGUCAAUGAUCUUGCUCAAGCAUGCUCUUUGCUGGUCUCUGGAAGAUGUGGUUUCCUUUAAGCUCAACAGUCGCAGCGAACAAACUCGUCACCCACUUUCACCAAAUACUGCAGAGAAAAUCAAAAGGUGGAAUGCUUUAGAUUGGAGGAUCUACCUGCACUUUAACACCACCUUCUGGCAUAAAAUAGAUAGUCUUGUUGGGCAAGAGCAGAUGAAGAAGGAAGUAUAUCAUUUGAGAGAGCUGCAGGCCAAGCUAGCAAACAGCUGCUUGAAAGAUGGUGGGGCAGUUGACCCUUCCCUGAUAAAAGAUGCCGGGCUAAAGCCAUUCCAGUAUGGAGCAGCUGUAAUUGAGGGCUAUAACCUAAACCCACACAUAGACCGACAAACCAAAAUAAAAUGUCAAAGACUUAUAACUCCAGAACUGCAGUACACUAACCGUCUAUACACCCAGCAGUUCCCAAAACUAGCUGCUAAGCAUCAACAAGAAACUAGAGCGGUUGCUCCACAGAGGAAACGCUCAGUCAGAACUGAUAUUGCAGGAAUAGCCUGGGCAAGGAAAGCCCAUCACAGACAUGUAAAAAAAAGCAAAUUCUCAAAUCAGAAGAGCCAAAAGGCCUCCACAAGUUCCCUGUUAACACAUAUAGAAGCUAAAAACCAAACAAGUAUGACAUGAUUGGUAACUGUGACUAAUGUUAUUGUCAGCUUUUCUGUUUUAUACUCACUUUCGCCAUGACGGUGUCCAUUGUAACCGGCAACAUGAAACUGUUAAGAUGGAACAAUUGACAUAUUGUUUUGCUGUUCUUGUCAACUCACCAAUAGUGAAGCUG